UCCGCCGCCUCCGCCGCCCCCUCGCCCCCCGCCGGCGCGCUGUUCGCGCACGCGCUCUACAACGUCACCGUCCCGGAGAACAGUCCGCCGCGCACGUACGCGCUGCAGCCGCCCGCCGACGACCCGCUCGGCGUGCGGCUGGCGCUGCCCGGCGCCCGCUGCCGGUUCAGGAUACGACACGGCGACAAGGACAAGUUUUUUAAGGCCGAAGAACGUAUCGUCGGGGACUUCUGUUUCCUCUCCAUACGCACGCGUGCCGGUCACGCCGACGUACUGAACCGAGAACGCCGUGAUCUAUAUCGUCUCGAAGUACACGCCACCGUUAUUUUACCGCCGAAUCGACAACUCGAAGCCGACACCCUCGUGGAUGUCACCGUCGCCGAUGAGAACGAUCUCAGUCCGCUUUUCUAUCCGACCGAAUAUGACGCUUCGGUACCGGAAGACACACCCGUACAUUCCAGCAUCGCCCGUGUCACGGCGGAAGAUGCAGAUCUCGGUCUCAAUGGAGAAAUUUACUAUAGUUUAGCCGAUCCCUCUGACAGGUUUUCGGUGCAUCCGACGAGUGGUGUGGUGACUAUCACGCGCUCUCUGUCUGCCGCUGAAAACAAACGCCACGAGUUAACCGUACUGGCUCGCGACCGCGCUUCUUUGCUCACGCGAGGUGAGGACGCACCCGCCGCCCGCGCCACGCUCGUUGUACGAGUGGCGGAAGUCAAUUUGCACGCUCCAGAACUGCAUGUACGUCGAUUACCCGAACUCGUUGAAAAUUCUACUGCUGAGAUCUAUGCCAUCGUAGAAGUGAGCGAUCGUGAUUCGGGGGAGCACGGUCGAAUAGCUAGUCUCGAAAUAGUGGAUGGUGAUCCCGAUGGACACUUUCGAGUGCGACCUUCUCUACAGGCCGGCGAAUUUGAUAUCGUCGUGCACGCACUCCUCGAUCGAGAAAGUGCACCGCGUGGUUACAAUUUAACUCUUCGUGCCACCGACGCUGGACACCCAUCGCGUUCCUCAUAUCUUACAUUACCAGUAACGUUGACUGAUGCUAAUGACAAUGCACCAGUUUUCAGUCGGGAAGUGUAUGAAGCCAGUAUUGCUGAAACUGUACCGCCAAAUACUCCAGUGAUUAGACUUAAGGUUAGUGAUCGCGACGAAGGUAACAAUGCUCGUGUUUAUAUAGAGAUUGUUGGUGGAAACGAAGGCGGCGAGUUCUUAGUAAAUCCAGAUACUGGUGUACUUUAUACUGCUGUCCCACUCGAUGCCGAGGAGAAGGCUCUUUACACCCUCACCGUUUCUGCUAUCGAUCAGGGUAAUGUUGGUACACGUAAACAGUCGUCGGCAAAAGUAAAAAUUACUGUUUUAGAUUCAAACGACAAUGAUCCUAUUUUCGAACAAAACGAAAUGGAAGUGACUAUUCCAGAAAAUGGUGCAAGUGGCACAGUAGUGGCUCGUGUUGUAGCUAGAGAUGCUGAUUCUGGUGAAAAUGCCUACAUAUCUUACAGUAUUGCAAAUUUACAGCCAGUACCCUUUGAAGUGGACCAUUUUUCAGGUGCGGUUCGUACAACACGGUUGCUAGAUUACGAAAGCAUGCGUCGAGAAUAUAUUCUGCGUAUUCGCGCAAGUGACUGGGGACUUCCUUACCGUCGUCAAGCUGAAAUGCGGCUGACUGUACAGCUUAAAGAUGUAAACGACCACAGACCUCAAUUUGAACGCGUAGAUUGUGUGGGGUACUUAUCUCGCCGUACGUCGAUAGGUUUUGAAAUUAUUACCCUCUCUGCAAUCGACUUUGAUGCUGGCGAUGUUGUAUCUUACCGCGUUGCUGGGGGCAAUGAUGAUAAUUGUUUCGCCUUAGAUUCAGGCACAGGAGUGGUGAGCUUAUCUUGUGAUUUAGGUGAUGUUCGUGCUGAAACAAAAGUUCUUAAUGUAACGGCUACGGAUGGCACACAUUUUUCGGAUCCAAUAUCUCUAACAUUGCAUUUAGUUGGUGGCAGUGGUGGAGAAUCUACACCUUUAGAAUGUCGAGACACAGGCGUCGCUCGAAGCUUGACUGAACUUCUAGCAGCAGCAGAACGAAGUAAUGCUCCUAUAGAUUUAACUGAUGAAUUUCCACUGGCACCAUCACGAUACGGAGAAAACCUACAUGCACCAGAAUUUAUCGAUUUCCCAGUCGAAGUAAAAGUUAAUGAGUCAGUUGCUCUCGGUACUUCUCUUGUGCUGUUACGAGCGCAAGAUCGAGAUUUAGGUUACAAUGGAUUAUUGACAUAUGGCAUAUCCGGCGGCGAUUCUGAUUCUGCUUUUCGUAUCGUUCCAGACACUGGCGAUCUCCAAGUGAUCGGUUACUUAGAUCGUGAACGCGAAAGUGAAUAUUAUUUGAAUGUAACCGUGUACGAUUUAGGCUCUCCGAGACGUUCGGCAUCAAGACUUUUGCCCAUCACCGUUCUGGACGUCAAUGACAAUAAGCCGCGUUUCGAAAAAACUCUUGCCAGUUUUAGAGUCACGGAAAAUGCCCUCAACGGCACUUCGAUAUUCCGUGCCAACGCAACCGAUCGAGAUAUAGGCGACUUCGCUCGCAUCAGCUAUAGCUUGAGUAGUACCGGUGAAGGAGAGAACGAAUUCUGUGUGGAACGAGACACUGGAGUGUUAUCUGUGUGCGCGCCGCUGGAUCGAGAGCGUCGAGCGCUCUAUGAGCUCGUAAUUCGAGCGACAGACGGCGGCGGCCUCUUCGCCGAAGCUCUCGUACGCGUCACCGUGGACGACGUAAACGACAACGCACCCCACUUCGGGCUGAGCGCAUACGGCGCACGAAUACGCGAGGACGUGCCCGUCGGCACCUUGGUCGCCGUUCUCGAGGCGUUCGAUCCGGACCUCGGCGCAGGCGGCGUCAUCGCUUACUCUCUAUCGGAUUCCGACGAAACGGUAUUCACAGUGGACAGUACAUCGGGGACUCUACGUACCGCCAAACGACUGGACUUCGAGGAGCGCCAGGUGUACGGGGUGACUGUGCGCGCGACGGACGGCGGGCGGCCGGCGCUGUGGGCGGAGGCGACGGUGAUCGUGGAGGUGGUGGACGUGGACGAGAACGCGCACGCGCCGCUGUUCGCCGACCACGCGGUGGUGGCGGGCGCCGUGCGCGAGGACGCGGCGCGCGGCGCCGUCGUGGUGACGGCCGCCGCCGCCGACGCCGACCCGCCCGGCCGCGACUCGCGCCUCGCCUACUACCUCGUGGGCGGCUCCGGCAUGGCGCACUUCUCCAUCGACGACACCGGCAUCAUUCGCACACUGACACCAUUGGACCGAGAGACGGUGCCUCACUACUGGUUGACGGUUUGCGCCCAGGACCACGGCUUGAUUCCACGCCACUCCUGCAUACAGGUGUACGUCGAGGUGGAGGACGUGAACGACAUGGUGCCGUGGCCCGAGCGCGCGGCGUACAGCGCGGCGCUGCCCGAGCACGCGCCCGCCGGCACGCGCGUGCUCACCGUGCGCGCGCACGACGCGGACGACGCGCCGCGCCCCGCGCCCCUCGCCUACUCCAUCGUCGCCGGCAACCCCGACGGACUCUUCUCCAUCGACCGGCACACAGGUGAAAUCGUGACGACUGGCCGCAGUCUGGACCGCGAGACGGCGGCCACACACGCGCUGGAGGUGCAGUGCUCGGACGGGGAGCUGGCCACCACGGCGCGCGUCGUGGUGAAUGUGCUGGACAUCAACGACCACGCGCCCGCCUUCAGUCAGCGCUCCUACGACUUCCGCGUGCCCGUCCCGCCCGCCACGCUCGCCACGCCCGACACACCCGACACACCCGACCUCGCCCUGCCGCAGGGCGACGACGCCAGCGCGGAGUGGGACGCGGACAGCGAGGCCGACGUGGACGCGGACGUCGACGACGACGACGCCGGCUCGCGGCUGGCCUGGGACACGUUCGACGACGACGACUACACCGGCACCUACCUAGCGACGGUGCUGGCGCUGGACGCGGACGCGGGCGAGAACGGCACCGUGCGGUACAGUGCGCGCGCGCGCGGCGCCGCCCGCGGCCGGCUGCGGGUGCACGCCCGCACCGGACGCCUGCUGGCCGCGCCCGGGCUCGCACUCGCGCCGGGGGACCUGCACGAGCUCGUUGUGCGCGCGUGCGACGGCGGCGCGGCGGCGCGGUGCGCGGUGUCGCGGGCGGCGGUGCGGGGCGCGGCGGCGGGCGGGGGGGGCGCGCCGCGCGCCGCGCCCGCGCCGCCCCUCACCGCCGCCGAGCUGGACGCGCCCGGGUUCCUGCUGGCCGUGCUGCAGGCCAACGACCCCGACGGCGACCGCCUCUACUACGACGUCGUCGGUGGUGACGACCGUCAAGAGUUCUACAUAGGACGCGAGGACGGCAGCCUGAUACUGGCCCGCCGGCUGCUGUGGGAGCGGCAGUCGCACUACGUACUCAACGUCUCCAUCACGGACGGCACGAACACCAUCUACACACCGGUGAACAUCAGUGUGAUCAACGACGCGAACGAGGAGGGCGUGUCGUUCUCCCGCGAGGAGUACGCGGUGGAGGUGGCGGAGGGUGCGGGUGCGGGUGCGGGUGCGGGUGCGGGCCGCACGGAGGCGCCGCUGGCCGCGCUGCGGGCCGCGGGCCGGGGCCGGCUGCUGUUCGGGCUGCACGCGGCGCGCGCGCCCGCCUCCGCCGCGCUGUUCCGGCUGCACGAGCUCUCCGGCGUGCUCGAGCUGGCGCACCCGCUCGACAGGGAGACGGCGGCCGUGCACGAGCUGACGGUGUGGGUGCGCGACCAGGCGCCGCGCGCGUCGCGGGCGUUCGCGCGCGUCACCGUGCGCGUGCGCGACGAGGACGAGCACGCGCCCGAGUGGGGCCGGCGGCUGGCCGAGGUGCGGCUCGCGCGCACGGCGCCGGCGGGCGCGCUGGUGGCCGCGCUGCGGGCCGCGGACGCGGACGCGGGCGGGGGCGGGGGCGGGGGCGUCGCGUACUCGCUGGCGGGCGGCGACGCGGCGGGCGCGUUCGCGGUGGACGCGGCGCUGGGCGACGUGCGUCUGUCGCGCGCGCUGCCGGCGGCCGGCCCGCGCGAGUACACGCUCCACGUGCGCGCCGCCGGCCCGCCGCCCGCGCGCCGCGCCUCCACGCUGCCGCUCCACGUGCUCGUCGUCGAGCCGGACGACGCGCCGCCGCAGUUCUCUUCGGGCGAAGUGGUCUGCGAGGUGUACGAAAACGAGCCCGCAGGCAGCACGCUGACCACCGUGGAGGCGCGGAGUGCCACCACCGUGUGGUACUCGCUCGAGGGCGGAGAGGGACUGUUCCGACUCAACCCCGCCGCGGGACUACUCACCACCGCAGCCCCGCUCGACUACGAAGCUAAGAAUUUCUACAAUUUGACUGUCAUCGCAUACAAUAUGGGCGGCGGCGCGGCGCGGCUGUCCGUGGCGGUGCACGUGCUGGACCGCAACGAGUUCGCGCCCGUACUGCGGCGCGGCGCCUACCGCGGCCGCGUGUCGGAGGCGGCGCCGGCGGGCGCGCUAGUGGCGGCGGCGGACAGCGAGGCGGGCGCCGCGCCGCUCGUGCUGGAGGCCGACGACGCCGACUCGGCCGCGCACCAGCAGCGCGCCUACGAGAUCCUGGAGCCGGCCGCCGCCGCGCUGUUCCGCGUCGACCCCACCACCGGCGCGCUGCACACCGCCGCGCCGCUCGACUACGAGCGCGCUCGCUCCCACCGGUUCACCGUCAGGGUCGUCGACACGGGCACGCCCAGGCUGCCCUCGGACAGCGUGGCGACGGUGACCGUGGACGUGACGGACGUGAACGACUGCCCGCCCGCGUUCGAGCGGGCCUCGUACGAGGCGACGGUGCUGCUGCCGACGUCGGAGGGCGUGGUGGUGGCGCGGCUGGCCGCCUCGGACCCCGACCUGCCGCCGGGCGGCGCGCUCAAGCUGGACGUGCUGGAGGGCGACGAGGCGGGCGCGCUGUCGCUGGCGGCGGACGGCGCGCUGCGCGUGGCGCGGCCGGCGGCGCUGGCCGCGCGGCUGCGGCUGCGCGUGCGCGCCUCCGACGGCCGCUACUCGGCCACGGCGCGCGUCGACGUGCGCGUGCGCGAGCUCGACAACUCGGGGCUCGCCUUCCAGAAGUCCGACUACUACGGCUCCGUCGUCGAGAACUCCACCAAGCCCGCCACGAUCGCCGUGCUCAACGUGCUCGGCGCCGCUCUCAACGAACACAUCGAGUUCAGCAUACUGAACCCGGUCGAAGGAUUCGAAGUGCACGGCACGUCGGGCGCGGUGCGCAGCUCAGGGCUGCCGCUGGACCGCGAGCGGCGCGCCGCGUACGAGCUGACGGUGCAGGCGCGCGGCGCCGGGCCGCGGGUGGCGCGCGCGCGGCUGCACGUGGCCGUCACCGACGUCAACGACAACUGCCCCGUGUUCCUGGAGCGGCCCUACGUGGCGGCCGUGCCCGCCGGCGCCGAGCCCGGCACGCACGUGCUGCGCGUGCACGCCGUCGACGCCGACGCCAACGACAACGGCGAGGUCCGGUACGAGAUGAAGCGCGGUCACGGUGAGCUCUUCCGAGUGGACCGUCAGACCGGGCAGAUAACACUGAAGCAGACCGUCGACGCGCACAAUCAGCUGUACACGCUCGUGAUCGCCGCGUUCGACGGAGGCGUGCCGGCGUGCGGCGCGGAGGCGGCGGUGACGGUGCGCGUGUGGGGCGGCGGCGCGGCGCCGGCGUGGGAGCGCGCGCACGUGUCGCUGGCCGCGCGCGAGGACACCGCGCCGGGCGCGCCGCUCGCGCCGCCGCUGCGCGCCGUGUCCCCGCUGGCGCGGCAGCUCAUCUACACGCUGGUGGAGGACGACGCGGCCGCCUCGCUGUUCGAGAUUCACUUCGAGGCCGCACCCGAAAGAGGCAAUAGUCCAUGCGUGCUGGUGUCCCGCGCGCCGCUCGACUACGAGGCGGCCCGCUCGCACGCGCUGACCGUGCGCGCCACGGACGGCGUGACGGGCGCGUACGCGGACCUCGCCGUCACGCUGCGCGUGCUCGACGUCAACGACUGCGCGCCCGAGUUCGAGCGCGACGUGUACCGCGCCGCCGUCUCCGAGGCGGCCGCCGUCGGGGACCUCGUGCUCGCGCUCGUCGCCACCGACAACGACACCGAUUCGAACGGCGAGGUGAGGUACUCGCUGAGCGGCGUGGGGGGCGAGGCCGCGGACUCGUUCGCGGUGGAGCCGGCCACUGGCGCGGUGCGCGUGGCGGCCCCGCUGGACUGCGAGACGCGCUCCGAGUACCACCUGCUGGUGACCGCCACCGACGGCGGCCGCCCCCCGCUCCUCACCACGGCGCAUCUUUUCAUCACAGUGGAGGACGUGAACGACAGCCCGCCGCGCAUGGAGCGCGGCGUGGUGCCGGCGCUGGUGUCGGUGGAGGCGGCGCGCGGCGCGGCGGUGGCGCGCGUGGCGGCCUGGGACCCGGACGCGGGCGACGCGCCGCGGCUGCGGUACGCGCUGGCCGGCGCCGGCGCCGCGCACCGCGCCUUCACCGUGCACCCGCGCACCGGCGUGCUGUCGCUGGGCAGCGCGCGCGCCUGGGCCGCCUCCGCCGCCGCCGCCGCGCCGCGCUCGCUCAACGUGUCCGUGUCCGACGGCGCGCACGCCGCCUUCGCGCGCGUCAAGCUCGCGCUCGCUCCCGCCAACCGCUCGCCGCCGCGCUUCCCGCACCUCGUGCACGAGGCGCGCGCGCCCGAGAACCACCCGCCGCCGCUGCUGCUCACCACGGUGAAGGCGUACGACGACGACGCCGGCGAGUACGGCGCGGUGACGUACUCGAUCCCGUCGGCGCGGCUGCGGGAGACGUUCGCGCUGGACGCGACGAGCGGCGCGCUGACGACGCGCGUGCCGCUGGACCGCGAGGCGCGCGCCGAGUGGGAGGUGCCGGUCACGGCCAGCGACGGCGGCGGCCUGCUGCGGCACACCACCGUGCGCGUGCGCGUCGCCGACGUCAACGACAACGCGCCCGCGUUCCCGCACCGCGAGUACCGCGCCGCCGUGCCGCACGACCGCGCGCCGGGCCUGCCCUUCCUCACGCUCACGGCGCACGACCCGGACGCCGGCGACGACGCCCGCAUCCUCUACUCCGUGUACGAGGGCGACGUGCGGUCGGACACGACCGGCCUCUUCGACAUCGAUCCGCAGACCGGAGCGCUCUCUUUCAAGCGCGACGCCUCUAAAUUUGCGUCGCGCGCGGUGCAGGUGUGGGUGCGCGCGCGGGACGGCGGCGGGCUGGCGGGGGAGGCGCCCGUGUCGGUGUUCGUGCUGGGCGCGGGCGAGCGCGCGCCGAGCGUGCGCGCGCCGCCGCCGGACGUGUUCCUGCCCGAGGACCGGCCGCCCGGCACGCUGCUGGCCGAGCUGCGCGACCCGGCCGCGCCGCCCGCCGACCGGCCGCGCUUCCGGCUCGCGCCGGGCCGCUGGCCGCGCGACCUGUUCCAGAUCGACGCCGACGGCCGCCUGCUGCUGGCCGGGCAGCUCGACCGCGAGGACGCGCAGGAGCACGUCAUAGGCAUAAUCGCGGAGGGCGCGGGCAGCCCGGCGGCGGGCGUGAUGGUGCAGACGCGGCUGCACGUGCUGGACGUGAACGAGCACGCGCCGUCGUUCCAUUCUCAGCCGUACGUCGUGCACGUCGCGGAGAACGCGCCGCCGCACACCAGCCUGCUGCAGCUGAUGGCGGACGACCCCGACUCGGGGUCGAACGGCGAGGUGCGGUUCUCUCUGGCGGCGGAGAGCGAGGAGGGCGCGGAGGGCGCGGCGGAGGCGGCGGAGGCGGCGGGCCCGUUCGCCGUGGACCCGUACACGGGCUGGGUGACCACGACGGCGGCGCUGGACCGCGAGGCGCGCGCCGAGCACCGGCUGGCGCUGCGCGCGGCCGACGGCGGCAGUCCGCGGCGCGAGGCGCGCGGCACGCUCGUGGUGCGCGUGGUGGACUACAACGACUGCCCGCCCGAGUUCCGGCGGCGCGAGUACGCGGCGCGCGUGUCGGAGGCGGCGGGCGCGGGCACGGUGGUGGCGCGGCUGGGCGUGCGCGACGCGGACGCGGCCGCCGCGCCGCUCGCCUUCUUCGUGGCCGACGGCGACCCGCGCGCGCGCUUCCAGCUGCGCGCCUCGGGCGAGCUGUACGUGGCGCGCGCGCUCGACCGCGAGCUCGAGCCGCACUACCGGCUCACCGUCGCCGCCACCGACGGCAAGUUCACCGCCUACACGCGCGUCUCCGUCGCCGUGCUGGACGUCGACGACAACCCGCCGUACUGCCUCCGACACCGCUACUACGCGCGGCUGCCGGAGGACGCGGCGAACGGCACGCGCGUGAUGCAGCUCGCCACGGGAGACGCCGAUGAGCCGCGCGACGGACAACUGAGAUACUAUCUAACCGGAGAUUAUGCACAUCAUUUUGAUAUAAAUAAGGAAAACGGAGAGGUGACGGUGGCCUCCGAGUUGGACCGGGAGUCGGUCAGCUCGUACAAGCUGGUGGCGCACGCGCAGGACCGCGAGCGGCCCGAGUGGGAGUGCAGCUCCGAGCUGCAGCUGGCGCUCGACGACGUCAACGACAACUCCCCGCGGUUCUCCGCCGACACCUACAGCGUCACGCUGCCCGAGGACGCCGACAUCGGCACCCUGGUGGCUAAGGUGCACGCGACGGACGCGGACCUGGGCGAGAACCGUCUGGUGCGCUACUCGUUCGCGGAGGACCCCGGCGGCGCGUUCGCCAUCGCGGCCGACAGCGGCAUCAUCACGCUGCGCGCGCCGCUGGACCGCGAGACGCGCGCCGAGCACCGGCUGGUGGUGGCGGCGCGGGACGCCGGCCGCCCGCCGCGCGCCGCCGCCGCCCACGUGCGCCUCACCGUCGCCGACGUCAACGACAACCCGCCCGAAUUCGAGUUCCACCAGUACCGCGCCGCCGUGCCCGAGCUGGACGCGCCCGGCACGGAGGUGGUCCGCGUGCGCGCCACCUCGCAGGACGCCGGCGUCAACGCCGACGUCUACUACUCCAUCGUGGGCGGCGACGGCCGCGACGACUUCGCCGUCGACCGCUCCUCCGGCGCGGUCUCGGUGGCGCGCCCGCUGGACUACGAGCGCCGCCGCGAGUACGUGCUCACCGUGCAGGCCAUAGACGGCGGCUCCCCGCCGCUCAGCGACCUGGCCACGCUCAACAUCACCGUCACGGACGGCAACGACAACCCGCCGACGUUCUCACAGUCGUCCUACGGCGCGCGGGUGCGCGAGGACGCCGCGGUCGGGAUGCGAGUGCUGCAAGUGAUCGCCGACGACGCCGACUCCGGGGUCAACGGCCGCGUCACGUACUCGGUGGUGCGCGGCGACCGCGACGGCCGCUUCGCCGUCGACCCCGACACCGGCUACCUGUCGGUGGCCGCCCCCCUGGACCGCGAGUCCACGCCGGCCUACGUGCUGGAGGUGCGCGCCCGCGAUCGAGGCCUGCCCGCUCUCGAAUCCAGCGCCCUCGUCAACGUGGAAGUGGUCGACGCCAACGACAACCCACCUCUAUUCUCACAGAAUAACUAUACGGCGGUGGUUCAAGAAGAUCGCCAACUGGGGCACACUAUUCUCAAAUUCGUGGUCACCGAUGCCGAUGCACCUCCGAAUGCCGCCCCUUUCACUUUCGACUUUCAAUCUGGAAAUGAAAUCGGCGCUUUCCGACUGGAACAAGACGGCGUUUUGCGCUCGGCCACCCGUUUCAACCAUCGCAUUAGAGAUCGAUAUACGCUACAGGUGCGAGUGUUCGACAACGGCACACCUCCGUUGUUCUCCGACGCCUGGGUAUAUAUACGAGUGAUCGAAGAGUCUCAGUACCCGCCGGUGGUGACGCCACUCGAGAUCGUCGUUAACUCGUAUCUAGACGAGUUCCCCGGUGGCAAUAUUGGCCGCGUUAUCGCUUCGGAUCGAGACGCCUACGAUACGCUGAACUACGAGAUAAAACCGAUCGACGGCGCGACGUAUCCUCCUACCGAUCUCUUCACGAUAGACGCCUCCGACGGCACUCUGCGGGCAGCGCCACGACUGGACGUGGGAGAAUAUCGACUGAACAUCAGCGUAAACGACGGCAGAUUCUAUGGUUUCACAAUCGUCAAAGUCAAUGUCGUUCUCGUUUCCGACGAAAUGCUCGCACAAUCUAUAGUGAUCCGUUUUCGUGAGGUCACCGAUCGUGAUUUCGUUCUGAGCCAUAGAAAGGGAUUCCUGCGCGCCGUCGCCGAGGCCACCGACUGCGAGAUCACCGACGUCGUCAUCGUGAGCGUACAACCGUCCGGAGAGGGAAUCGGCGGCCAGAACUCGGACCGUCGAAAGCGACAGAUCGCGCAAGAUCUCGACGUCGCGUUCUGCGUCCGCGCGUCGGCCGGCGGCGGCGGCUUCCUGCCUGCGGACGCCCUGCGCCGUCGACUGCACGCUCACAUCGAGCGACUGGAGGAGCGCGCCCGGCUCGUGGUCGAGGAGCUGGUGCGGGUCGCGUGCGGCGGGUGCGUGCACGGCGCGUGCGCCGAGCGGGUGCGAGUACGCGCCGGCGGCGGGCGCGUGAUCGCCACCGACGUGUUCGCGCUCGUGGCGCCGCCGCACCGGCUCGUCGGCGAGUGCGCUUGCGGCGAGGGCUUCGGCGGCGAGCGCUGCGACCGGCCGGCGGCCGCCAUCGACUGCGGCGAGCGCUGCUGCGAGGGCGCGGAGUGCGGCGCGCGCGCCCCGGUGGUGCACUUCGCCGGCGACGGGUACCUGCAGUACCGGCUGGAGCGCGGCGCGGUGGACGGCGCGCGCACGCCGGACGACGAGCUGACCCUGUCGCUGCGGUUCCGCACGCAGAGGCCGCGCGGUACGCUGGCGCACGUGGCGGGCCGCGUGGACUACGCCGUGCUGGAGGUGGCGGACGGGUUGCUGCAGUUCCGCAUGGAGCUGGGCGCGGGCCCGACGCUGGUGCGCGCGGACGCGCCCGUGGCGGACGGCGCGUGGCACGAGGCGCGGCUGGAGCGGCGCGGCGCGGCCGUGCGCCUCACGCUGGACCGCCGCAGCGCGCACGCGCACGCCCCGCCGCCCGCCGCCGUGCUGGACGCGCAGCCCGCGCGCCUCACCAUCGGCGCCGCGCUGCUCAGACACGCGCACGCGCUCGCACCCGAACAGGUGUCGUACGGGUUCGAGGGGUGCAUGGCGGAUGUGCGGCUGGCCGGCGCGCCGCUGCCGCUGGAGGAAGGCGACGCGGUGGGCGCGGGGGCUGCGGGGGGCGCGCGGCCGGCGCGGCGGCUGCGCGUGCGCACGGCGGCCACGUGCCCGCCGCUGGCGCCGCCCACCGCGUGUGCGUCGUACCCGUGCCUGCACGGCGGCACGUGCCGCGAGACGCCGCUGCUGGAGGGCGAGGGCUUCGCGUGCGAGUGCCACGCGCGCUUCUCGGGCGCGCGCUGCGAGGCGGACGCGGAGCCGUGCGCGUCCGCGCCGUGCCUGCACGGGGGCGCGUGCGCGGCGGUGCGCGGCGGCGCGGGCUACACGUGCACGUGCGCGGCCGGCCUGAGCGGCGCGCGCUGCGAGCGCGGCCGGUGGUGCGCGCCCGGGGCCUGCCUCCACGGGGGCGCCUGCGAGGAGGGCGAGUGGGGGCCCUCGUGCCGCUGCCGCGGGUACUACGGCCCGCGCUGCCAAUAUGACGUGGACGAGUGCGCCGGCGAGCCCUGCCUCAACGGCGCCACCUGCCUCAACGAGCCGGGCUCCUUCCGCUGCCUCUGCCCUCCGGACAAGACGGGCAUGAACUGCGGCAACCCGCUGUACUCGGACGCGGUGGUGGCGGGCGGCGCGGGCGGCGCGCGCGCGCUGGGCGAGGCGUGGCGCUGGGCGGUGGCGGCGCGCUGGCCGCUGGCGGCGCUGGGCGGCGCGCUGCUGGCGCUGGUGGUGCUGGGCGCGGCGCUGCCGCUGUGGGCGCGGCGCCGGUCGCGCGCCCGCGCCGCCGCCCGCGCGCGCCGCAAGCUGUCGGCGCCGCCGCCCGCGCGCUCCAAGCUCUCCAACCUGGAGGCCGUGGCCCGCGCGCGGCCCGCCUCCUGCGCCGACCCGCCGCCGCUCAACAACGUGGACACGCUGCGCUCCUACGGCUCCGCCGGCGACGAGCUCGAGGGCGUGCCGCCCGACUACCGCCGCAACCUCAACAUCGAGCCCGCGCACGACCGCAAGCCCUGGUCCGAGCAGAUGCACCUCCACACCUUCGUCGACAACAAAAUAUAUAACGACCUGAAGGCGUGCAAGCCGCGGGCGCGGCGCGCGGCGGGCGAGCCGCACCUGGUGGGCGGCUACCACUGGGACUGCUCCGACUGGUGCGCCGGCGCGCUGCCCGGCAUCAGCGAGGUGCCCGGCUCCGAGCGGCCCGACUCCUCCUCCGCGCCCUCCCCGCCCUCGCCGCCCUCGCCCCGCUCCCCGCGCUCGCCCCCCGACACCGACUCGGCGCCCGACGACCUCGACCUGGACCCGUCGUCGUACCUGCUGCACCCCGACGAGUACCUGCCGCGGGCCGGCUCCGACUGCGAGCCGCUGCGGGCGCGCGGCCUGCGCGAGCCGGACGCCGCCAGCCUCAUCACCAUGCUCGAAGAGCGCAACUCGCUGCUGGGCGGCGCGGACGCGGGCUCGUGCAGCGACCUGUCGACGAACCUGUGCGAGAUCGAGGAGUCGGAGGCGGAGGAGGAAGAGGAGGAGGAGGAGGAGCAGGAAGAGGAACGGCCGCCGCCGCCCGCCCCGCCCGCCCCGCCGCGGCACACCGACGUGUGA